UUCUCGGGGAGUCCUGCACGGCCCAUAUCCUUUCAGACCCUUCUUGGGGACCCCAGCCUGGCCUAGAGCCCCUUCGGACCCUUCUCGGGGACCCCGGCCUGGCCUAUGUUCCCGCAGAUCCUUCUCGGGGACCCGGGCCCGGCCUCCACCCGCCUCGGGCAUUCUCUGGAACUCCAAGCCCGGCCCAGACCCCCGCAGACCCUUUUCGGGGACCGCGGCCCGUCCCAGAUACCCCCUCAGACUACCUCGGAGAUCCCAGCCCAGCCCGUAUUCCCUGGGACCCUUUUUUGGGACUUUGCAUGGCCCAUGUUCUCUCAGACCAUUCUCUGGAAUCCCGGGCGGCCGACGUCCCCCUAGACCCUUCUCAGAGACCCUAGCCUGACCCAGACCAUCCUCACCCUUCUUGGGGACCCUGAUCUGGCCUAUGUUUCUUCAUAUACAACUGAGGGACCCCAGCCUGACCUACGCUCCCCUCGGGCGCCCUUUGGAACCCUGGUCUGGCCUACAUUCCCCUCAGGUGCCUUUUGGAGGCCCGGCCCAGAGCCCCCUUAGACCAUUCUUGGGGACCCUGGCUCAGCUUGUAUCCCCUUUGACCCUUUUCUGGGACCCUGUAUGGUCCACAUCCCCUCAGACCCUUCUUGGGGUCCCCAGCCUAGCCUAGAGCCCUCUUGGACCCUUUUUGGGGACUCUGGCCCAGCCUAUGUCCCCUCAGAGCCUUCCUGGGGACCAUAGCCCAUCCCAGAGCCUCCUCACUCCAUUUGGGACUCCUCAGACCUGGCCAGUACCCCUUUUCCUUUGGAUCCAGGGCCUGCUGGUGUCCCCUUCCUUUUCCGGACCCUGCCCCUGAACCCCUUAAACUCCCUGAGUCCCCAACUUGCUGCCUUGUCUCCUUUGAGCCUUUGCCUGGGUUUGAGUCCCCUCAGAUCCCCUGGGACCCUGGUCUGCAGCCUCCUCCUCCCUCGAACCCUGGCCCAGCCCAGGCUUUCUUUCCCCUCAUCCUCUGCCUGAGCCUUAGCCCCCGAUGGCUGGAUGGCUGAGGACGCUGGCCUGAGUCUUCUCCCCUCUGAUCUUCCCCUCACCCAGCCUGGCCCGAGCUCCCUCUAACUCCCCGGGACCCCAGCCUUCCGCCCUUUUACCUAAAACCCAGGCCUGCUGUGAGGGUCCUCAGCCCCCCUCUGGUUUCAGGCCUUCAGACUGCAGUGCCUGAGGGGCUGGCUUUUUGACUUUCAGACCCUCUUCUCGUAUUCCAGGACUAGGGCAAUUUCUUCUCUCACCUGGAGCCUCUAAACUCCUCAGACACCAAACUCUGCCCCUCCCCUCAGCUUGGACUCCCUUUGUCCCCUGGGACCCUAAUUCAUGUGUCCCCGUGUUUCCCCCAGUCCAGACCUCUCUCCCCCAUCUGGUUUCCGCCAGCCUCAGCCAGCCUCCCUUCACAGAACUGCAGGCCCCAGGACCCCUGUCUAAGGCACCUGCACCUCCCUCCUUAUCUUGGUGGCUGCCUCCCGCUGCCUCCCAACACCCCCAGCCAACCCCCCCCCCCAUAUUUUCCUUUUCUUUCCCAGCAUCUUGGAGCCUCCAUCCUGCCAGGAGGCUUGCUCCAAACCCAGGGUGUAUUCCCACACCUCCCUAAACUCUCCCAGUGUCCCCUCCCCCUUUGAUCUGGAAGCCUGGAGCCAAUCUUGUUGGUUCAUGUAAACUCGAGGCAGAUCUGGCCCUUCGUACCCCUUUCGCCAAAGUCUGCUUUGUCUCAUCUUUAAUACCAAAGGCCCUUCCUGCUCCCCCCAGCCCCGUUGCUCCCUUAAUAGGGUCAUUUCUUCCUCCUCCCUUUCCCCUGGCUUCAGGGGUGUGAGGCAAGGAAAGGCCAUGUGGCGUUGUGGGGUGGUAGAUGAGAUCUCCGCCUUUAGCUAGGGUAGGUUGGGGUGUCCUUGGCUCCUGGCACCACUGAGUUAGCUCUGGUGAGGUGCUUUGUGGCUGUGUGGUUCCAGGGGUUCAGGGCAAGAGACUUCCGCCUGUUCUGGCCGCCUGUAGGACAGAAUUGUUGGCGGGCAGGUGACACAGUCACCAGGUUUCCUUUGACUUUGGUGUGGCUACCCUCUCUUGAGAGGUAGGGAAGAGUUUUUCGCAGGUGGAUGAUGGAUUUCCAGAGUCGGGAGUCAGGUUCUCUUGAAGGGCGCUUGUUGGCUCCAAUGGUAUUAAGCUAAGAAACAAAACAGCGUAUCUUCAGCGUCUGCUUUAAAGGAAGCCCAUGCCUUGUUCUUCACCACAAGGGAUGGAAUGUUGCCCUGUCACCAGCCCACCCCUCAGUCCCAGGAAAGGUGUCUUAGGCAGAAGCAUUUUCCUUCCAUCUAUGAUGUGCUGGGCCCUGGAUGUUGGGGCAGUUGCUACUGAGUCGAUUCCGACUCAUGGUGACCCACGUGUCAGAGCAGAGCUGUGUGUGCCCCACAGGGUUUCGAAUGGGUGAUCUUUUGGAAGCAGAUUGUCAGGUCUUCCGAGGCACCUCUGAGUGGACUUGAAUCGCCAAGCUUUCCGUUAGCAGCUGAGCGUGUUAAGCGUUGUCUGGGCAGUUGUCAUUUCUGUGAGUGGAUGGGGGAGCAUAGAUGGCAUUCUUGGCUGGUGACAGGGGAAGAGGAAGGUUUUGCUUGGGUGGACUGCUGAACACACAGGCCCGAGAGCUCGAUUACACAGCCCAAGUACGCAGCAGCUAGCACGUGGGCUAUUUACAUUUAAACUAGCCAGAAUUUGACAGCUCAGUCACACUAGCCACAUUCUAAGUGCUCCUUAGCCACACAUGGCCACCAGCCACGUUAUUGGACAGCGCAGACAGACAGCAUUUGCAUCAUCACAGAAAGUUCUGUAGGACGGUGCUGGUGGAGAUCCUGGCAGAAGUGUUUGCAAGUGAAAUGGGUCCCCAAGGAAAGUACCCGUCGUCUGAUCCUUAUUCCCCUGGCGUGUUUGCAUGUGAAUUUGGGAGAGGCACAGGAGCUCUAUCCUUUCCUGACCCGAGACUGAGGCCCCCGGGGAGCCAUGGAGAAUGGUUCCCUUUUAUCCACGUAGGUGAGUUGGUGGCGAGUAUUACAGAAAGACUCAGGGUACACAGAAAACACUUUGAAUCCAGCGGAAUCUCGGCCUUCCCUUUCUACCCUGAGGUGUCACAAACCUGCAGUUGCCUCACAGAGAGUGCAAAACUCCCCCUGUGCCCUCUGGCUUUUUGAGGCUUGAGUCUCUUAGUACCCUCCAGUCACUUCCUGUAGGACUUCCAGUUUAGCUAAUGAGUAGGAUUUCGCAUUUUGCUUCGGGCUUGACUUCUCAGCAUUGCAGUCUUUUUCUCACGCCCAGGAGAAGGUCUUUCUGGUUCCCAUUGCCCCAUCCUCCUCCGCGCCCAUGUCUGUACUGACUAGCUUGUCAUCUGUGGAAUUAGUAUUUGGGGGUGGUGGUGAAUGAGCUCUUUUGCCCCCUUAGGGGUCAUACCUGGGAAGGGUGUGAUUUCUUUCCAAGGAUGGUGAACCAAAAAAACCAAAUCCAUUGCCAUUGAGUCGGUUAUGACUCCUAGCGACCCUGUAAGACAGAACAGAACUGCCCCACAGAGUUUCCAAGGAGCACCUGGUGUAUUCGGACUGCCCAGCUCUUGGUUAGCAGCAGUAGCACUUAACCACCACGCCAGAAGGGUUUUCCCAAGGAUGGCAGCGAAGGAAAAUGAGCAGAUGCUGAAAAGCUUGCAAGGGGAUGAUCUGGGAGUAGGGAAACUGGACGGAUGGUGGUUGCUGGGGCAGCUGGGAAGUGGUUUUAGCUUCUGAGCCAGUCUGUUCUCCAAAAGGACCAGGUAGUCCUACUCGUGCAUAGGUAUGGUCCUGGGGUCUGAAGUGGGUAGCAGACCAAGCAAAUCCAACAGUUGGAUCGAUUGACGACUAUUGAUUUUUGAAGUCAUACCAGUUGCCGUCAAGGGGACUGUAACUCAUGGCUACUCCAGGUGUGUCAGGGUAGGACUGUGCUCCAGAGGGUUUUCACUAACUGAUUUUUUGGAAGCAGAUCGCCAGGCCUUUCUUUCGAGGUAUCACUGGGUAGACUUGAAGCUCCAGCCUUUCAGUUAGCAGCCAAGCAUGUUAGCUGUUUGUACCACCCAGAGAAAAGGCUCUACUUAAAGUUUGAAUUUGGAAACAACUGCCUUGUAAUGAUAGGAGCCCUGGUGGUGCAGAGGCUAAGCACUUAGCUGCUGACCAGAAGGUCAGUGGUUCAAAUCUACCACCCACUCAGCAGGAUAAAGACGUGGUAGUUGGCUUCUGUAAAGAUUUACAGCCUUGGAAACCCUAUGGGGCAGUUCUGCUCUGUCCUCCCGGGUCACUUUGAGUCGGAAUCGGCUUGAUGGCGGUGCGUUUACAGGCUGUAUAAUGAUUUAGGGUGUUGUUCUAGAAGGGUAGGUUUGUUUUUAAUGGCUAUGACUGUGAGUAACCCCCUCCCCGCAGCCACCGAAAAAUGCAGUCCAAAAAAGUCCAGAGAAGUGUCAACGUGUGGUAGAAUUUUUAGUUCGCUGGCUCGGCUCUUGCCCCAAACCUUGCAUUACAAAGCUCGGCCUUCCUCAGAACACUAACUGAGAAUGCCCGGAUUCUCUCUUCCCGCAACUCCAAAGCUAUUGCCUGGAUAGUUGCCCUGCCAGCUUUUUGUCCUAGAGUUGGCAUGUCGUGAAGGGCUUGAGGGCAGGAGCCAGAGUCCAGCCCUGUUCUUGUUCACGUCCGUUGUAGUCUCCAGUGCACAGUUUUGCACUUUUUGAGCUUCACCGAACGUUCGUUAAAUGCGAGUGGCUAGGAACUUAUCCCUCUGUAGCCACUGUCACCUAGUCUGGCGCCGGGUGCCGCUACUGGGGUUGUGUUCGCUCAGAGAACUCAUGAGACUGCACUUCUGCUCCCUGGAGAGCCCAGGAGGCACCUGGCGUGCCAUUUGUGCACCUGGUUUGCCCGCGUAUACCUGGAUGGCAUCUCGUAAAUACAUGGCCUACCCAAGGCCGCCCUGGCAGUUUGGUGGGGGUCAGCCUUACCGGGAACCUGCAGACUCUUAAGGACAGGGAGUAUGUUUGCUUAUCCACAUGGUCCGUGCUCUUCACAGAGAAACUCUUUGAGCCUGUCCCAUCCUUCAUCAUCAACCUUGUGCCCUGGAGCAGAGGGACAAGGGCAGAUGCAGCCAGGAGAAGGGAGGGGGUGCUGGCCUGUGCGCCAGGGGUUGACAACACGGCCUCCUCAUGCAGCUGUCAGCAGGGGGUCCCCACCUGCUGGCAGACAGUCCUCUGCUUUUGAGGGCUGACAAAGGGACAGCCAUUACUUCCUCAUUACUCUCAUGUCUGAUUCAGUGUCUGUUCCAGAGAGCCCCCGACCAGGUCUGUAGGGAGAAGGUUCUGCAAAGAGUAUUUUAUUUGGUUUUGUUUGGCCAUCACUCCACAGGACUCCCCAAGUGCCAUUUUUUAGUGCUGAACCAGCAACCGUGUUCUGCCCAAUGGGAUUGGAGCAGUCGUUUAGGCUGAAGAGGGCACAGAUUUCUCAGUGCGCUCUCCUCCCAAGGGUGGGGGGGGGGAUUGUCAUCAGGGGGAGUUAGGUGCAGGAGCCCAACUCCAGGCCUAAUUGUACCACUUGGUGAUCUGCAGAUUCCCAGGGGAAAGGGCACCUGCUGAAAGAAUUCCCACGAGAAAACAUGGGGAAGUCUUACAGAUAACCCAGUUGUUCAGGACCUGUCUUCUGGGGCCUAGGGCAGGCUCCUGGGAAGCGGGAAGGAACUGAUCAGGAGAGGGCUUUGGGUUGUUUGGAGCUGGCUCCUUCUGUGUCAGGUGCAGGCCAUCAUAGUCCAAACCUGGGGAGCGCUAUACCAAUGAGUUACCAUCGAGUCGACUCCAACUCAUGGCGACCCCUUGUGUGUUAGAGCAGAACUGUGUUCAGUGGCUGAGUUUUUUGGAAGUAGAUUGCCAGGCCUUUCUUCCAAGGCACCUCUGGGUAGACUCAAACCUCCAGCCUUUGGGUUAGCAGCCGAGCGCAUUCAUCGUUUGUACCACCACGGGUUCCUGAGAUCUAUACUUGAGUGAUGAAGUGCCUGGAAGCUGCCCUGCAAGGUUUAGGAUUCCACCCUUAGGUGCCGAGUGCCCUCUGCCAGUUGGCCUGGAAAGAGGGCAAGGCCUAGGGCAGGCCCUCUGCCUGGCUUCACUGCCCCCUGAUGGCUCAUGUGCCACUUUUUGAUGACUCCCCAGAGUUUAAAUGGUCAUUCUCUGGGGCAGGCCUGGACUUUCCCCCUUUGUUCUUGGCUUUUGUUGGGGAGUGGAUUGGCCAAGGUGCUCCCCAAAGGACCGGGAAGUGGCCGUAAGUGAGGCCAGGCCCCGGAUUGCUUUCAGCUGUCGAUUCUGGCAGUUCCACAGCGUGCCCUCCCAGCAGCAGGCAGUGCUGGUGUCUCGGAAGAACUGUCCGGGGGAUGGGGAGGCUGCCAGGUGGGAAAGUUGGGAGACCAGCUGCUGGGACACACGCGAUCCAUUCAGUCCUGGAGAGUCAUCCGCUAAGGCCUUUUUCCAGGCACCCUUCCUUCCUAGGGAGAUGGCUAAUUGAUCUUCAGUCCUUUGGUGCUAACGGACGGGGAAGGAGCCCUGGUGGAGUAGGGGAAGGAGGGGACGUACCCCUUGGAUGUGGAGUUGGCUUUUGCUGUUGUUGUUAGGUGCCAUCGAGUCAAUUUUGACUCAGAGACCCCAUGUGACAGUAGAACUGCCCCACAGGGUUUUCUAGGUUGUAAUUUUUUAAUCUUUAUGGGAGCAGAUCGACAGGUCUUUCUCCCAUGGAACCUCUGGGUAGGUUUGAACCACCAACCUUUUGGUUAGCAGCUGAGCGCUUCACCACUGUGCCAUCAGGGCUCCUCCCAUGCUAAUAAAUUAUCGUGAGUCAGUAUGUUAAAGUAGCUGGCCAGGGCUCGGCAGUCACGCUUCUUGUUCUAGUUAAUGUAGCCUGAGUGUCUUGUUGAAUCGGUGAGUUUCUUUUCUUGUUAGUAUGGCUCAGAGUCUGUGUUAUCCUACUGUCUUUCUUGGAAGAUUCCAGCACUGAAGGGUGCCCCAGCGUGCCUGGGGUAAGAAGGCUGGGCGUGUUAACUGUGAAUCUGUUGACUGGAUCUGUGACACGCCCUGAACCGGGGGUGUCAAGGCAGAGGUUGGCACCCGCCCCCGGGCAUAGUUGCCGCCCUGGUGGAGCUGUGGGCACGGCCUGCUGGCUGGCUGCAGGGAUGGCCUGCCCGUCCCGGCUUCAGGACCUUCCUGUUGACUUUGGCUGCGAAGCUUAUUUUGGCGCCGACGUGUUCCCCCUCUCCGAUGGCGCUGUGGUCUUCCACUCUUUCACAAAACUGCUUUGCCACUUGUGUGCCCUGGGGAGGAGCCCCAGCCACUCAGAAAUGCCAGGAUUUUGGCAGCUGGUUUGGAGAAGAGACGGUUUCAUCAUGUAGGAGGAGUUAAUGCCAGAGGAGGAGCCCUGGUGGCACAACAGUUAGUGUUGGCUGCUAACUGAAAGGUCAGUGACUUGAACCCACCGGUGGCUCCUCAAGGGAAAGGCGGGCGAUCAGCUUCUGUAAAGAUCACCACCUGGGAAGCUGUGGGCAGUUCUGCACCAUCUUACAGGGUCGCUAUGAGUUAGAAUCAACUUAAUGCCACACAACAACGCCAAAGACCCCGAAGUUGAUUUCCGUACAGGAUUGUUGCUGUUAAAAUUGUAUGGGAUUCGUUUUCGCCUGUAACCGUCCCAGCGAUUCAGGAAGCCUCUUGGCAAAGCAGAGGGCGAUACACAUAAAUGGACAUGAUGACUGCAGCUUAUUAACCAAACCAAACAAGCCAAGCCUACUGCCAUCGAGUCGGUUCCAAAGCGUAUUAGGGAGAGUGUAAGUAUUGUCCAGGAGUCCCCAGGGGGCGCAAAUGGUUAAGCACUUGACUACUAACCGAAAGGCUGAGGCUCAGGUUCCCCCAGGGGCACUUCAGAAGCCGGGCCUAGGAGUCUGCUUCGAAAGGGUCGCAGCCAUUGAAAACUGUCAGCGGUCGGAAGCCACUUGAUGGCAGCUGGACUUAAAUACUGAUUGGGUUUUGUUGUUGCUGUUGAAGAUUGUCUGUGUGCAGCGCUAUUCAGGUGAUGCGGUUGGUUCUGAGCAGUACUCGUUUGUCCAGACGUUUGGCCCCUCAUCGCCAGGCCUUUCCUCUGAGGUGCCUUUGGUGAGCUCUUUCCACUGGAACGUUCCGUGUUUCUGUCAGUGCACCUCGCCCAGGCCUUUCACCUCCCGCCCUCUGUGCUUCGUGCUCAUCCCCGCAGCCUGGGCCCUGGAGUCACUCAAGUCUCUUCCUCUUGCCUCCUCUCUUGGGUCCCACCAGUCCCCCCACUUCAGGCUCCAGCACCCUCCUUUUCCAGCCCCUCUCUUUGACCGUCUCCUAGCAGGUCUCUUGUGUGUUUUUCUCCUUUCUGCCAUUACUCCAGGCUGUAAACAGGUCCCUGGAGUGCUUUCACUCAGAUCCCGUUUCCUCAUCUCCCCCGUCCACUCACAGCUGGGCGUCAUCUCUGUGGGGUCAGAUCUAAACGCUCCAUCAGAUCCCAGCUCCUCCCUCAGUGUACCCGGUCCUUAGGUCGUCACUGCUCUCUUUCCUGUGGAACCCCAAGGGGACUGUCGUCUGGUGCCAGGGGAAUGUUUUCUCCUAGCCCUUGUACCUGGCUUGCUAAGGACCCAGAGCCCCAAGCCUCUCACUGGCCCCUCCACACCUUGGAAUCACCCUAGUCGUCUUCUGUUUUUUAUAAUAAAAAUAUUAUCAAUCAUUUCUAAACUCCUUUAGCUGCUGCUUAUUUUCUUUUCUGAAUUUUAUCUGUGGUGAAAAUAUAACAGACAUGCAGCCACUCCACGUUUCCUACAUGUGUGUUCACUGAUGUUGGUUACGCUCCUCGCAGUGUGUCGCCGUUCCCGCUGUCUCCCCAGUUGUUCCACCACCAGCGGCUCAGACUCUGUCCCCUGACCUCCUCCCCUGUGGUCUAGCAUUGCUGUUGUCACCGUCAUCUCCUAUGGCUAAUUCUUCCAGAGAGCGCACUGCUUCAGGAGAGCUUUCUUCACUAGUUGAGCUAGACUGUGCUUCAGUUUAAAGAUGACUUCAUGGGAUAGGUUUGGUUCAAGGCCUAAAGAUUAUCUCAGGGUAGUAGAUUUGGGGGUUCCCCAGUCCCAGUGGGUCCAGUAAAUCUAGUUUCUGUAAGAAUUUGAAAUUCUAUUCCCAUGUUUUUCUCUUUUUGAUCAGGAUCCUCCCAUGGGUCCUUGAUCAAAACGGUCCGUACUGGAGGCUGGCACUGUCCGUUCUCCUGGUCUCGGGGCAGUGGAGGUCGUGGAACCACCCUGUUCUGUCUGCCAGUUUGCUCCUUCCAUCCUGGAAAGCCGACUCAGAAUCGCUGCUGGGCAGGCGCUCAGCUGUAAUGAAUCCAGGAUCACUGAGGCCUCAGGGCCAUGGCUCCGAGUGAGACGGAAAGGACGGACAGGCUGUGGUCCCUGCUGGCAGAGACUUCACAGGGCCCUUGGGGGAGACAGCAGUGAACAACUCAGGUGCGCGAGGCACAGGAGAUGGGCGUGUGGAGCUGGAUGCUCACUUCCGCAAGAUCCACGGGAAACAACUCAUUUCUAGCGUGGAACUCAGAAGGGGCUUUGGAGGAAGCAGCUCUUGAGCCGGGACUUGAGGGACGAGUAGGAUUUUGGAGCAGAGAGAUGAGUCCAGGGCAUCCUAGGUGAGGAGUAGGAGAAACGAAGGCAGGCAGGAGUGAGCGUUGCCCGUGUGUCGGGGGGACGGCUGGCCAUUUGAUUUAGGAGUCCCUGUGCGGUGCAGAAGGAAUGCUGUUGGUGCAGUGGUUAAGCGCCUGGCUGUUAACUGGAAGGUCGGCGAUUUGAACAUACCAGCUGUUCUGCAGGAGAAAGGUGUGCCAGUCUGCUUCCAUAAAGAUUACAGCCUUGGAAACCUUGUAGGGCAGUUCUACUCUAACCUCUAGGGUCACGAUAAGUCAAAAUCGACCCAAUGGCAGCAGGUUCGGGGUGGUGUAAACAGUUAACACACUUCCUGCUAACAGAAAGGUUAGUGGUUCCAGCCCACCCAGAGGCUCCUCAGAAGAAAGGCCUGGCCAUCUCCUGAAAAAUCAGCUGUUGGAAACCCUGUGGGUCACAUUUCUGCUCUGACACACAGAGGAGUCCUCUGAGUCAGAGCUGAUGACAACCGCCAGCUAUUUGCGUUAGCCAGACAUAGGCUGUGUGUGAGGAGCCCCGAUGGCGCAACGGGCUGCUUACCAAAGUUGGUGAUUAAAACCCCUGCAAUGGUUCUGCAGGAGAAAGCCCUGGCGAGCUGCUCCCGUAAAGAUGACAGCCCGGGAAACCCCGUGGGUGGUUCUCCUCUGUCACACGGGUGGUGUGAGUCGGAACUGACUGGGUGGCACCAACAACAGCACACGGUGUGUGUAUCUCCUGUGUCUCUAAGGCACAUCAGCAACGUAGUAAUAGCUUCCGCGUAUGUGUGUGUGUCCCCUCAAUAUGUGAAACCUACACAUGGCCUGCAAGAUACACUUCUGACUCUGAGAGGGUUAAAGUGGGAAGGUGUGAGCCUCAGGUGGGAGGAAAUGCCCAGGUUUGGGGGGGGGGGAGUGUGCUGAGGAGUUUGGACUUUCUUCCAAGGGAGCGGUGAGCGCUCACAGCUUUACCGUGAUGGGUGCACGGGCAGCCAGUCCCACGUGACCGGCUUUCCUCGUGAUACCUAGUAUUAUGUGUGUGGAGAGCCCCAGGGAGAGGGGUGGACAGUAAGAUGACCACUUAGAUGACAUUGUAGGCCUCUGGAAGUGGUGAGGGUCCGACCCAGGGCAGUGGGAUUCCAGAGAAGAGCCAGGUCCUGGAGGGGCAGUGACAGAGAUGUACGUGGUCCCCGAGGGCAGCUGGCAAGAAAGAGAGAGGGAAGGAACUGACUCAGAGUUCUCCGAUGGGGCGGGGCAGGGAGGUGGCCAGCAGAAAGGGCCUGCGGAGCGGUGCGAGUGGGCGCUCAGCUCUGGGAGUCCCAAUCCGUUCCUGGUUAUCUUGGCACUUAGAAACAAGUGUCCACUUGGUGUGUGUCUUCUUGUAACAUUGUCGUACUUGAUACUAGCUAGAAGGACUGUGUCUAUUUGAGGUCUGGGAGGUUUCUCCACUCCGGAGGGGAUGUUUAGGAUGGGCUCCCUGUCACUGGCUUUGGCCCAAGGUGUUGAGAAUCCUUUGAGCAGUGUGGCUCUGUGUUCGGUGGAGUGGAGUUGGCACGAGUCGCUUUAUGUUUCAGGGAGAGUGUCAGUCUGGUGCAUCACAGAGGGUGCGUGGCUCCUGAGGCCUCUGGCCCACCUGUGACUGGUCACCAGCCACACCAGACUUGCCUCUCCAUCCUGACUGGGAACCACCUUCUGCCUUGAAAACCAAAUGCCAGUGUUUUCUGCUGGUGGUUUAGAUGACUGUCUCCAGGAAGAAUUCCGUAGGAUGAAAUAGAAUGAACGUGCUUUUAUCGGGGUGCACUGUCCAGGUCAAGUUAGAGCUGGGACAUCGCGCCCAACUGCGGAAGAAGCCCACCACGGAGGGCUUCACCCAUGACUGGAUGGUGUUUGUCCGUGGCCCCGAGCAGUGUGAGAUCCAGCACUUCGUGGAGAAGGUGGUCUUCCGGCUGCAUGACAGCUUCCCCAAGCCCAAACGCGUGUGCAAGGAGCCCCCGUAUAAAGUGGAGGAGUCGGGUUACGCUGGCUUCAUCAUGCCCAUCGAGGUGUACUUCAAAAACAAGGAGGAGCCAAGGAAGGUGUGCUUCACCUAUGACCUGUUCCUGAACCUGGAGGGCAACCCGCCAGUCAACCACCUCCGUUGUGAGAAACUGACCUUCAACAACCCCACCUUCGAGUUCCGGUGCAAGCUGCUGAGGGCAGGCGGGGUGAUGGUAAUGCCCGAAGGAGCAGAAACGGUGUCCAGGCCCAGCCCCGACUACCCCAUGUUACCCACAAUUCCACUCUCUGCCUUCUCUGACCCCAAGAAGACCAAACCGUCCCACGGCACCAAGGACGCCAACAAGGAGAGCAGCAAGACUUCCAAGCCACACAAGGUGACCAAGGAGCAUCGCGAGCGGCCACGCAAGGACUCAGAGAGCAAGAGCACCUCCAAGGAGCCGGAGCGUGAGCCAUCCAAGGCCUCCAAGGACACCACCCGAAAGCUGGGUGAGGGCCGGCCACCCAAGGAGGAGAAGGCACCACCGCCCAAGGCUGCCUUCAAGGAGCCCAAGAUGGCCCUGAAGGAGACCAAGCUGGAGAGCCUGUCCCCCAAGGGGGGGCCCCCAGCCCCGCCCCCGCCCAAGUCUUCCAGCAAGCGGCCCGCUGCCACGGACUCGCCCAAGCCCAGUGCCAAAAAGCAGAAGAAGAGCAGCUCCAAGGGCCCCCGAAGUGCCCCUGGCACCUCACCCCGCACCUCGUCUUCCUCGCUUUCGGACAAAAAGCCAGCCAAGGACAAGAGCAGCAGCAAAGGGGAGAAGCUGAAGGCAGAGAGUGAGGCCAAGGAGGCCAAGAAGCCCGUGGAGGUGGAGGAGUCCAACUCAGAGGACGAGGCCUCCUUUCAGUCAGAGUCGGCCCAGUCGAGCCCUUCCAGCUCCAGCUCCAGUGCAGACUCCAGCUCUGACUCGGAUUUUGAGCCUUCCCAGAACCACAGUCAAGGCCCCCUGCGCUCCAUGGUGGAGGACCUGCAGUCCGAAGAGUCCGACGAGGAAGACUCCUCGUCGGGGGAGGAGGCCACCGUCAAGACGAACCCGGGGCGGGACUCCAGGCUGAGCUUCAGUGACAGCGAGAGCGACAACAGUGCUGACUCUUGCCUGCCCAGCCGCGAGCCCCCACCCCCCCAGAAGCCACCCCCACCCAACAGCAAGGCAUCAGGCCGGAGGAGCCCUGAGUCCUGCAGCAAACCUGAGAAGAUCCUCAAGAAGGGCACCUACGACAAGGCCUACACAGACGAGCUGGUGGAGCUACACCGGAGGCUGAUGGCCCUGCGGGAGCGCAACGUGCUGCAGCAGAUCGUGAACCUGAUUGAGGAGACUGGCCACUUCAACGUCACCAACACCACCUUUGACUUUGACCUCUUCUCCCUGGAUGAGACUACCGUGCGUAAGCUGCAGAGCUACCUGGAGGCUGUGGCCACAUGACCCCGGGCCGGAGGCCGGGCCUGCGUCCCCGGGGCCCCGGGAGCCCGCGCCGGGGCCCCGCCUUCCUUCCUGUCUCUCCACUCACCUGCCUGCAGCGCUGCCUUAGCGACCGCCCUGUCUUCGGCCCACACCGCCAGCUGCACUUUCCUCGGCGGCAUCCGGCCCGCCCUCCCCGCAUUCUCCUCGGGGGGCCCUGGGGCCGAGGGGGGCCUGGCUGACGCAGCUGCCCCUGGCCACCCUCAUGCACUCACCUAGGCCUCCCCCCAAGAGGGGUUGGCAUUGAAGAUGGUGCCGGGCCGCGCGUGGUGGCAGAGUGGAAGAGAUGUGUCCAGUUGUGGGCUCCUGGCCCAAUGUUGGGACCCGCCCCCAGGGUAGUGGCCUGUCCCCCAGCUCCCUGGCGGGGUAUGUGGGCGGUAACCGCCAGGCAUCCUGACAGCUGACAGCACGCCCACACCAGGAGGGCCGAAGGCUCCCUGGAGGCACCACCUCGGUUUCCUGGUGAGCCUGAAGUUGCCGCCCUCUUGUGCCGGCCUCUGGGCUGAGCUGUACAGCCCUAUAUAUAUUAUAUAUAUGUACACGCCCUGGUGUCUGACGGGCGGGUGUGUGUCUCCGUGGCAGCAGUGGACCUGGGGGGUGGGGGGUGGACAAAGUUGGACGUGUAGGUUAAGGUGUCUCUACUGGUCUUGUCGCGAUGGAGCGGGCCUCUGAAGCACUCGAGUCUGCGGCCCCCAGGCCACCUCACCCAGGAGUGGCCUCCGGUCACCGUUCCAAGGACGUCUCUUCCGCCCUGGGCGGCCAGUGAACACUAAAAAUGAGGUGCUCGUCCUCAGGAGCUUGUCUGGCUCGCUGCUGCCGGCGCCUAGUCAAACUAGCGCCAGGCUCUGGGGACAGACCUUCGGAUCCCCAGCCAGCAGCGAGGCUGCCGGUGUUGGCACCUGGGGCUCGCGUGCCUCCUCCUUCUCUUCUUCUUGUUAAUUAAGUCUUUGAACUUUAAGACAAUGAGCUUUUGCCAAAUAAGACAGGAAAUUCUGUGGAGUUUUUCGAGGAGCCCCCAGACUCAGCUAGUCCUGUGUGUAGCCUGGCGGCAGGGUGCGGCUUAGCAGCCAGGCUGGCCCUCUCCAGGCACACCUCCCCCUGUGCUUCGGACCAGCUGAGCAGGACUGGGAUCCUCCCUCUGCCUCCCUCCUGUAAGGGAGUCUGCCUCCUUGUUCCCAUUCUUCUGGCCUGUUUGAGGAGGGGAGAGAGGAGGCCUGGGGCCAGAGGUGGGUGCCGCUUCUCUCCAGCCCUGUAUCUCAUGGCCCCUCCACCAGGUUAGGAGUUCAGGCAUGGGGGGCUCCAGGCUUUCCUCCUGUGUUUCCACGUCUCUGAUCUGAUUCUCUCCACCGGAAGACUCUGAACACUCCCUGUGGGUGAGCCUUGCCCCCAGGGUGCCCAGACUCCAGUCCCUAGGUUAACUCCCAGCAUCUAGUUCCAAGAACUUCCAGAGGAAACAAGGACUCCCACUGUCCUGUUCCAAGAACUUCCAGAGAUAACAAGGACUGCCACUGUCCCUCUGUUUUCCUCCCGACCCCACAGCCCUAGGAUAUCGGGAAGAGGGCAGGUUCCUGCGGCCCCCACUCCUCCCCACAGGCCAGCAAUACUCCGGAGUGGGGUGCCUUUCUUUUCUGAAAACCCUCUAAGACUUUGGACAGACGCGCUGACCAGGACGUAGUCUUCCAGAAGGCAGAAGCUGCUCAGCCAUCUGCGCCAAGAGGCGGGCAGAUGGCUGCGGGCAGGAGCCCCGGCCCAAGGCCUGGUCUUCACACAGUGUCCUGGGAAGGGCCGUCGCAAUCCUGAGCUCCAUGCAGUGACCCUCUGCUCCGGGCUGCCCGCCCCCAUGAGCAGCCACCGGAGGGCGUUCUCACCCGCCUGUCCCAGGGCCUUGGGAAGCACCAGCCCGUUUCUCAGUUACCUCCUUGGCCGGAAGGCCCCCACCGCCAUCCUCCGGAGCAGCUCUGUGACCAUCUGAUGGACGGCCAGCCUGCCGGGCCCACCUGUGGCAUUCCCAGCUGCUCCCACCCCACCCCGGCUGCCCAACAGUUGGGCCCACGAGGGCUCCGGGGACACUCGCAUAGGAAGGGGCCUGGCACUUUGUGAUUGCUGAGUGUUUCGUGUUAAGCCUCCUGUACCCAGUGCAAAUCCCUGUGUUUUGCUCUCUCCCGAACAAAUGUAAACCGACGUCUGAAAGCAGAAGGUAUCGAAUACCUUCCUCACCCAUAAGGGUUUUCACGAAGAAUGUGUCUCAGUAGGAACUAGGAUGUCCUUUGGCCAGAGACCAACUCCUGGAUAAAAGGAAUAAGGAGAAUUGUGUUUGUAUUGUCACAGGAUUGUUUCAGUCCUGAAUUUUAAACUUUUUGUUAAAUUGUGAAAUUAUGGAGGAGUUUUAUAGAAAACAUUGAAAUAAAGUUAAAUGGAAAAGCCA